AUGCCUUCUUUGGACGUACUACAUCAGCCGACCUCCUCGGAAGGCAACGCUACAAGAGCAGAACAAGUACUUUGCAAGGUGUCUGGAACUCUUAGCCGAGAAGAUAGUAAAGAUGGAACCAACCUUAUUGUACCGUCCUCAAACAGUAAAUCUCACAUAUUCGAAACGAAAAGGGAAAAUAUUGAGGUUCAUGUUUGGUGUGUCGAUUCGUUGCAGAAAGGAAGUGCCAGCAUCGAGAAAUCGGUACCAUGGGAGACGUUACGUGGACAACGGAAAUCCUGA